ACCAGAGCAAAGUCCCCCGAUCGCUCAACGGCCGGAAAACAAGCGAUCCGCAAAUUUGCCGCCGAGGAAGAACGACACGACUCCAUGAACAACGGAGGCGGCGGCGACGCCGACGAAGACGAGACCCUCGGCCUCUUGCCCGACGCCUGCAAGGUGGUGGAGUACCUGGUGCCGGCGAUGUCGCGGGACCUCCUCCACAAGUUCCCGGACGGCUCCUCCCUGGGCUUCGACUACUCGCAGAGCUCCAUCUGGUCCCCGCUCCUCCCCCGCUCCCACUUCCCCGUCGACUCCGGCUGCUUCGCCACCCCGAGGAAGCUCUGCUUCGGGUUCGGUCCCGAGAGGACGGCGACCGCGAGGAGGAAGAAGCAGAAGCAGAAGAAGAAGAAGAUCAUCGAUCUCUCGGUGAGCGGCAAGAAGAAGAAGAGGCCGGCGAAGGUCUCCGGUUCGUCGAUGACUCCGUCGAACGUCGCCUGCGCGCCCUUCGCCAGAAAGGGUUGGGAUAAGGUGCUGAAGGCGGCAACCAAGCAUUUCAAGAAGACGAAGAGAGAUCCCACGGCUCAUGUGAAGCUCUCCAAUUACUUGAAAGACUGAGAAUUUCUUCAUUUUUCUUGGAGGAUUUUGCUGCUGUUGAUUUGUCAUGUUCUUUUCGGCUUCGAAUGACCACGAAAUUCGAUGAUUCUGAAACUUCUGUUGGAAACGAAAUUCGCGACAUUCGCGAAAUUUCCAGGGAGACGGUUCUUGUAACGUUACAUAGUUCUCCGAUAAUAUGUAGAUCUCUGUUCUUUCGUUGGGGCUAACCUUUCGCGAACACGUGAAAUUUCUUUGCUGUCAUUAUAAUUACUCGUUGCUAAUUAGAAGGAAAGAUUGAUGAUGAACAUAGAGGGACUUGAAGAGACCUAAA